AUGAACGAGGGGUCAAAACUGCUGCAGAGGUCGCUCCAGGCCAAGUUUACCAUGUGGGUAAUCUCAUUUAUCAUUCUCUGUGACAUCAUAGCGAUGCUGGUAGCUUCUUACAAGCUUGGGAUCCAUGAUAAGAUUGAACCCAUUCAGAUUGUAUAAGAUAUACAGGCAAUUUGGAAUUUUCUGCUGCAAAUUUUUGGCCUUUAUGCUGUAUUUACGAGGUAUAAAACCAGGAUUUUGUUCUUCGUGAUGCUGUAAGUGAUAUAUAGCUCAAUGUCGUAUGCCAUUGUUCUUAUCAUAAGGGAAGGAUUAGAUGAUCUUCAGUACAUUCGUCAUCCUGAUACUGUAGAAAAUGACCAUUUUGCUAUCAGACUUUUGAGGAUUUCUUUAGCACUACUGGUUGCGCUCUCAGGGAUGCUGGGAUAUAUUGUGAGGGACUCAAGCUUGGUCGCUGAUAAUGCGCAUUUGAACCAGCUGAACCAAGGAGGAAUUGAGAAAGUGGAAGCAAUCCAAAAGCAAAUCAUUUAUGAAGACUCAGACAAAAACCCAAAGAUGUAUAAGGCGCCGAUUUGCUCGAACUGUAAGGCAAAUAAUCCGCAGGUGAAGGAGAGAAGAGUAACGAUAACAGAAAAUUCUGAAAAAUGCGAAUUCUGUGGACAAGAUAUAAAGGAAGAGAAAUCGUAUCAGUAUAUAGAUGAGUGGUUUGCUACACCUAUUGCUUCAGUCCACUCGAAUGAUGUGAAUGCUUAG